AAGAAUAGAAUAAAAAUACUCAUAAACAUGCAGGCUUUAUACUAACAAAGCUUCUCAUUGUAUGUCUUUUUUUUUAACAAGAAAUUAAUUUAUGGCUUUUAUAGGAAGGAUUUGACAGAAUUUUCAUUAUUAUUAUUUUUACAAUAAAUAUAUAAGGAUUAAAAGAGUGUGCAUCCAGACUAGACAUUUCAUUCUCAGUAACCUUGGCGUCCAUCACCAUCUUCCAUCCGACCUUAUUAUAAGCCCUCUCAUGGUGGUGUCUGCCAUUGCAUCAGCCAACUAGGUGAAGGAGGAAGGAUGCUUGGAUAGUUUGUUUUCUCCACAUUACAAACCUGCUGGACAUCACCAUAUCCUGCUGUGGUCUGCCUCGCAUAUAUUGUCUCUCCCCCUCCUCCUCUUCCUCCUCUUCCUCCUCCUCCUCCUCUUCCUCCUUAAUCUCCCAGAUUGUCGGCGACUUGCUGCAGUCGAUGCUGCAGUUUUGAGCCGCUCCUGCAACCGGCUGACAACAGCUGACUGACUCGAUGAGAAAGACAUGCUCGCAUUCGUUUUGGUCUCUGGGUCGCUCUGGAUUAUAUUAGAGUUGAGUUCCACUCUGAUGGAGAAGAUGCAGGCCCAGGAGAUGAUGAGCGGCCUGAGGAUACCAGAGAUGGACGAGCUAGGACAGUUCUUCCGCUCCCUGCCGACCUCCACGCUUGUGGGCAUCGGCGCUCUGACUGCCGUGCUGGCGUACUGGUUGGCCACCAGACCCCGACCCAUCAAGCCACCCUGCAAUCUGCUGCACCAGUCAGAGGAGGUUCCGCAUGAAGAUGGAGGCCGUAGGUCCAUGAUGGGCGACAACUCCAAGCUGCUGACUCAUUACCAUGACGACGCCAGGACCAUGUACGAGGUCUUCCAGAGAGGCCUCCACAUAUCUGGUGAUGGACCUUGCCUAGGCUCGCGGCUCCCUAACCAGCCUUACAAAUGGAUAUCCUACAAAGAGGUGACGGCCCGGGCUGAGCAUCUGGGUUCAGGCCUUCUGCACCAGGGCUGCCAGCCCAACCCCAACCAGUUCAUAGGAGUGUUCGCCCAGAACAGGCCAGAGUGGAUCAUCUCAGAGCUAGCUUGCUACACCUACUCCAUGGUGGUGGUUCCCCUUUACGACACAUUGGGCCCAGACGCUAUACGGUUCAUCAUUAAUACUGCUGACAUCUCCACGGUGAUCUGUGACAAAGUGGAGAAAGCUCAGGUGCUUCUGGAUAACGUGGAGCGGAAGGAGACUCCGGGCCUGCGGAGAAUCAUCCUGAUGGAUGACAUUGACUCCGCCCUCGUGGAACACGGCAAGAACUGCGGCGUCCACGUGCAGGCCCUGCUGGAAGUCGAGGCUCUGGGCAAAGAGCACUACAGAAAACCUGUACCGCCAGCACCAGACGACCUAUCCAUUGUGUGUUUCACCAGUGGAACUACAGGAAACCCAAAGGGAGUCAUGCUCACCCAUGGCAACGUGGUGGCAGAUUUCUCGGGCUUUCUCAGAGUAACAGACAAAGUCAUCUUUCCCAACCAAGACGAUUGCCUCAUCUCCUUCCUGCCACUGGCUCACAUGUUUGAGAGGCUCAUCGAGUCUGUGGUGUACUGCCAUGGAGGACGGAUCGGGUUCUAUCAGGGCGACAUCCGCCUCCUCCCAGAUGACAUGAAGACCCUGCGGCCGACCAUUUUCCCAGUGGUGCCUCGACUGCUCAACCGCAUGUACGACAAGAUCUUCAGCCAGGCUAAUAGCCCGUUGAAGCGCUGGCUGCUCAACUUUGCUGCUAAGAGAAAAGGUGCUGAAGUCAGCAGCGGGAUCAUUCGCAGUGACAGCUUCUGGGACAAAGUCUUCUUCAGUAAGAUUCAGGCCAGCCUCGGAGGAAGACUGAGGAUGAUUAUAACAGGAGCGGCUCCUACCUCGCCCACCGUCCUGGGAUUUCUCAGAGCAGCUCUGGGAUGCCAGGUGUACGAGGCGUACGGCCAGACAGAGUGCACAGCUGGCUGCACCUUCACCACACCUGGCGACUGGACCCCAGGUCACGUCGGAGCGCCGCUGCCAUGUAACCUCAUCAGACUGGUGGAUGUUCCUGACAAGAAUUACUUUGCCUCUAAAGGAGAGGGAGAGGUUUGUGUGAAGGGACCAAACGUGUUUAAGGGCUACCUCAAAGACCCGGAGAGGACGGCCGAGACGCUGGACACAGACGGCUGGCUUCACACCGGAGACAUCGGCAAAUGGUUGCCUAAUGGCACACUGAAGAUCAUCGACAGGAAGAAGCACAUCUUCAAGUUGGCGCAGGGCGAGUACAUUUCCCCCGAGAAGAUCGAGAACAUCUACAUUAGGAGCCAACCUGUGGCACAGCUCUAUGUUCAUGGAGAUAGCCUGCAGUCCUGUUUGGUGGGAAUUGUGGUUCCUGACCCUGAAGUCAUGCCUGAAUGGGCCAAGAAAAAAGGCAUAUUAGGCACCUACAAGGACCUCUGUAAAAACACGGAAUUAAAGAAGGCGAUCCUUGAAGAUUUGGUGCGUCUGGGCAAGGCCAGUGGCCUCCACUCUUUUGAGCAGGUGAAGAACAUCUACGUCCACAACGAGAUGUUCUCCAUCGUAAACGGCCUCCUGACUCCGACACUAAAGGCCAAGAGGCCGGAGCUGAGGGAGUUCUUCAAGGAGAAGAUCGAGCGGCUCUACAACAGCAUCUCCAUGUGAAGGCCGGCACAUUUUCCCUUGGAGCAUCUUAACACUAAGAUCUGCUUUGACCAUUGAACCGCAGUGGGACAAAGACGUGACACCUUAGGCUUAACAUGCUUUGGGAAAACAAGCCAAACCUGGCCCUACUAUGGAAGAUUUAAAAUAAAAAAUCAAAGAAAUAAAGUGGAAAACAAUACACAUUUGUAUUUCCUUUUUAUGUAUGCAUUUACUGCGGUAUUAUAAUCCAAUGAAAGCAUAUGUUAAAAGGAAAAUGAUGUAGCUUUUAGUCUGUGAACUGAAUUGUUUUUCAUUGUGACAUGAAUUUCCCAUGCUGCAUUAAGAACAAAUCACACAACAGAAGUGGGUGCAUCUCAGUGUUGUCCAGCAGAGGGCAGUAUAAACCUGCCAACACUAAAUACAAAGUAGUUUUCAUGAGGAUUUCACUUUAUUUCUUUGUUUGAUUUGUUUUAAUUUAGGCAUUUUAAAUCUUACUUACAUUGCUACCUGCUAUUUCCCCAAAACAAACCAUCAGAUGCUCUCUCCCCAGCAGCAGCAGCACCUUUUAUGUUGAGCAAUCCACUCCUACUUCCUGUCAAACUGCUUCUCCUCCAUCAGUUUAAACCCACCAGCCAAACACAACCUAAAAACCCACAGUUGUAGGCUACGACAGCAAGCGUGAUGUCUUUGUGUAUAGACUAGCUCAAGGAGAUGUCCUGCUGAAACCUCGUGGGACAGUAAUGGACUUCAUCCUCAGUGGAAAACAGUAGAUUUUCCUUUUAAUCGAACAAGCAGUGCCGCCAAGCAGGGCCUGUGACAUUUCCCCUGAUCUGACACAGCAAAGAUUCAACCCAGACAUGGUGCAAUUUGACCGAAAGCACAUGUUUGAGGUCAGAGGUAGAGAGAGUAGCAGCUCCUGCCUUACAAAUCACUGCUGUCUACACUGCUCCAUGUUUGAGCCACAUCCAGAUCACACUUCAUGUAUUCGCUCGUUCAUUAAAGUCACCGCUACAUGGCUGUGAUCGGCAGUUCAGCAUGCAUGCUAUACUCGUUUAUGUGAAGGACUGGCCCACUGUAACAAUCACACUCAGUCGCUUCAAUCACAACUUUCUUUACAUCCAUCUUUGCACAACUAGUAUGUCAGGUAAAAAAAAAAAAGAGAUAAUGCAAAAAGCAGGGCUCAGGGCAAUGCAUGCAGUUUGCCCUGCGAUGCUGGCACCGUUAGCGUUUGACUUGAAAAA